GCCCAGCCCGGCGGGGCCACCCCGGCCCGCUCCGAGGAAAACUGCAUAGAAAGUCUAAUGGAUGAAGAUGAGAAAGACAGGGCAAAGAGAGCUUCUCGAAACAAGUCUGAGAAGAAGCGUCGGGACCAGUUCAAUGUUCUCAUCAAAGAGCUUAGCUCCAUGCUCCCUGGCAACACCCGGAAAAUGGACAAAACCACUGUGCUGGAAAAGGUCAUCGGAUUUUUGCAGAAACAAAAUGAAGUCUCAGCACAAACAGAAAUCUGUGAUAUUCAGCAGGACUGGAAACCUUCCUUCCUCAGUGAUGAAGAAUUCACGCAGCUGAUGUUGGAGGCAUUAGAUGGCUUCAUCAUCGCCGUGACGACAGGCGGCUGCAUCCUCUACGUGUCUGACGGCAUCACGCCUCUCCUCGGGCACUUGCCGUCAGAUGUCAUGGAUCAAAAUUUGUUAAAUUUCCUUCCCGAACAAGAACAUUCAGAAGUUUAUAAGAUCCUCUCUUCCCGUGUGCUUGUGACGGACUCCCCCUCCCCAGGAUACUUAAAAUCUGACAACGACGUAGAGUUUUAUUGCCAUCUUCUCAGAGGCAGCUUGAACCCAAAGGAAUUUCCAACUUAUGAAUACAUAAAAUUUGUAGGAAAUUUCCGCUCCUACAACAAUGUGCCUGGCGCCCCCUGUAACGGCUUUGACGGCGCCCUUUCCAGGCCUGGCCAGGGCCCACUGGGGAAGGAGGUCUGCUUCGUGGCUACCGCGCGCCUGCCAACACCACAAUUCUUGAAGGAAAUGUGCGUGGUUGACGAGCCUGUGGAGGAAUUCACUUCGAGGCAUAGCUUGGAAUGGAAGUUUUUAUUUCUGGAUCACAGAGCCCCCCCAAUCAUAGGGUACCUGCCUUUUGAAGUUCUGGGAACCUCGGGCUAUGACUACUACCACAUCGACGACCUGGACCUCCUGGCCAGGUGCCACCAGCACCUGAUGCAGUUCGGCAAAGGGAAGUCCUGCUGCUACCGGUUCCUGACCAAAGGCCAGCAGUGGCUGUGGCUGCAGACCCGCUACUACAUCACCUACCACCAGUGGAGCUCCAAGCCCGAGUUCGUCGUGUGCACGCACUCCGUGGUCAGUUACUCGGAUGUCCGGGUGGAGAGGAGGCAGGAGCUGGCUUCGGAAGACCCGCCAUCCCAGGCCAUCCCGCCUUCAGCACUGAAGGACAAGGGCUCGAGCCUGGAACCUCAGCAGCACUUCGAUGCGCUCGGCCUGGGCACCGCGGGCCUUAGCACAAGUCACUCGCCAUCGGCAUCCUCAAGAAGCUCCCGUACGUCCUCACACGUGGCCACGUCAGAGUCCACCUCCACUCCAAGCAAGCUGAUGGCAGAGGGCAGCACCACCGCUGUGCCAAGCUUGGCCACCCUGCCCCAGGAGUGCCCUGUGCCAGCGCUCAGCCAAGCAGCCACGCUGCGGGCUCCCCUGCCUGUGCCAUUGUCCUGUGACCUUGCACAGCAGCUCCUGCCUCAGACUAUUUUGCAGAACCCACCUGGCCCCCUGGCACAGUGUCCAGCGCAGCUCAGCAUGUUCCAGAGCAUCAAGGAGCAGCUGGAGCGGCGGACGCGGGCGCUGCAGGCCCACAUCCGGAGGCAGCGGGAGGAGCUCCACCGGGUCCAGGAGCAGCUGUGCCGGGUCCAGGACUCCAGUGUCCAGAUGUUUCUGCAGCAGCCAGCUGUGUCCCUGAGCUUCAGCAGCGCCCAGCGGCUGGAUACUCAACAGCAGCUCCCGCAGAGGUCGGCCCCAGGGGCCCAGUCCCCGCUGGCCGCCAACCCUCCGCUUCCGGGGCAGAUGGCUUCUGCCCAGGUCACAAACCAGCACCUGCUCAGAGAAUCGAGUGUGAUAUCAACCCAGGGUCCCAAGCCAGUAAGAAGCACGCAGAUAAUACAGGGAAGUCGCCAUGACGUGGGCAGCUUGACGCCCCAGUUCAGCAACCCGGCCGCCGUGCUCUCACCAACCCUGAGCCUGACCGCCCUGGCUUCCAACUCCCAGGACGCCAACCAGUGCCAGCCCAGCCCGGACUUCAGCCACGAUCGGCAGCUCAGGCUGUUGCUGAGCCAGCCCAUCCAGCCCAUGAUGCCUGGGUCCUGUGACACAAGACAGCCCUCAGAGGUCGGCAGGACUGGACCGCAAGUCAAGUACCCGCAGAGCCAGGCCGUGUUUCCGACUGCAGACGCGCUCAGUGCCAGCAGUGCCUCCAUCCCCCUCCUGCUGAUGAGCCAGGCGGUGCUGCAGCCCACCCAGGCCCCGCAGCUGCCUCCACAGCACCUCCUGCAGGUGCAGGCGCCAGCCUCUCUGCACAGUGAGCAGCAGGACUUGCCACUUCUCUCAACCUACUCGCAGCAGCCAGGCACCCUGGGCUUUAACCCUCGGCCCCAGCCCUCUCACCCACCCCGGCGGGUCAGCAGCCUGUCUGAGUCCUCAGGCCUCCAGCAGCCCCGGUAGU